AGACUGGUGGCUCAUCAUGCAGCUUUAUAUCUGGUCAGCAGUGUGCCUGGUGUUGGCCGGGCUGGUUUCGGGUGCUGAAAAUAAAGGACCCAAAGUCACAGACAAGGUGUGGUUCGACAUCACCAUCGGGGGCGAGAAGGCAGGCAGGAUCGAGAUUGGUCUCUUCGGCAAGACUGUGCCCAAGACGGUGAAGAACUUCGCCGAGCUGGCGACCAAGCCAGUUGGUGAGGGCUACAAGGGCAGCAAGUUCCACCGCGUCAUCAGCGACUUCAUGCUUCAGGGUGGUGACUUCACCAAGGGAGAUGGUACCGGAGGACGGAGUAUCUACGGCGAGAAGUUCGCCGAUGAGAACUUCAAGCUGAAGCACUAUGGUGCUGGCUGGCUGUCCAUGGCCAACGCUGGCAAGGACACCAACGGCAGCCAGUUCUUCAUCACCGUCAAGAAGACCUCCUGGCUGGACGGACGGCACGUGGUCUUCGGAAAAGUCCUGAAGGGAAUGGACGUUGUGCGGAAGGUGGAGGCGGGCAAGACGGACGGCCGAGACCGUCCCGCCAAAGACGUGGUGAUCGCCGACUGCGGCCAUGAGACCAUCGCCGAGGCAGACUACUUUUCUGUCACCAAGGAGGACGCCACUGAGUGAGCGCCGCCAACCGACGGGCCUCGACCGGGCGACCACCACCGGCCGCUGGCGGGGCGGGGGGGGGGGGGG